AACAUAAGCAAAAGUGUGAUGUUUCUGUAUAAUGGAAAUUUAAAUUUGCUGUAUGAAUAAAUGUUUGAUUAUAAAUCUUAAUGUCUUUGUAUUUGUUUGUGUAGGGAGACGAAAAUCCAAAAAUCCGGUAUCAAAGCGGUAAAAUACCGAAUAUCCAGUACUGAUACCGGUACCGAACCGAUACAUUCAGUAGGGUAUUCAGUACCCACUUCUCCACAAUUUCGGUAUCGGUAAUUUUCGUACCGGUACCGAACAGAUACGUCCGGUACAGUAUUCGGUACCCACUUCUUAAUUUCGAUAUCGGUAUUUUCGUACCGGUAUUGAUCUCAUUCCUAGUAGUUUUAUCCAAAGACCCUGUACCAAACUUCUUCAUUUUUACCAUUUUUCUGCUCUUUUUUUCCUAUUUUUUUGGGUAUUAAAGUGUCUAAAAACCCAUAAUUUUUUUUUUAAUUGAUCUGUUGCAGCAAAUCCAUAAGCUUGUUCAGUCAUUACCGUGCAGUCGGAUCGAAAUCAAGACCGUAAACUCCGUUGAAUCACGGUUUGAAGGAAUUAUAGUGGCGGUGUCGGGUUCAGUCAAAUCCGAUUGCUUCAGUGGUUAUCGGGAAUUCGUUCAGACGUUUUUUCUCGCUCCCGAUGAGAAAAAGAAGGAUUACAUGGCUAUGGUUGAUGUUUUUCACUUUGUUAGUCAGGAAGACUUAUCGGGUGUCGUAUAUGCGAAAGAUCCCAUCGAUAUUCACUAUAUCAAGAGAGACGACAGUGAAAGCGUUGAAGACUUCUUGUUCCGGUUCACCAAUGAAACCUCGCAGAUUUUAGGAGCGGAUGAGAAGAUGAAGAUAUCGGGUUUUGUUCUUGGAGUACGUGACGAUGAGCUGGUCGAGAAACUACAUGAAAACAUCCCGCAAACAGUCAAAGACAUGAUAGAUCGAGUCAAAGGUUUCGUUAGGGGAAAGAAGGCACGUGCUAUCAAAAAUGUCCGCUGUAACUUUUCAGCUUCGGUUCCCAUGAACGACCCCAACCAGUACUGUGAAUUCCAUCAGGUCGUUGGUCAUUAUACGGACGAUUGUGUUCUUUUAAAGAAAGAAAUUGAAGAAGCGGUGCAGACCGGAAACCUUGCUCGUUUAGUGGAGGAGAUCAAGUACCGUAAAGGUGAUUACUCGUUUGACGCGAAUCAGAAGGAGUCGGAUGACGAACAUCCAAAGAGGAAAAAGAUUAGGAUGGAAGAACCGAUAACAUCUCCCGACUGCAUAGACACUCAGAGAACUAGUGGUGUUAAGGGAGGAAGUGACUCAUUCGAAUCAUCGAUGGAACAACCACAACCGAUAACCUCUCCCGCUAAUCAAACGAAUGAUUCCCAAGAAGGUCCUUGAUGUGUGCAGACCAUCACCAAGCAUACCAUGCAAGUCAAGGCCACAUAGAGGUUUCCUUUUAGUUGUUAUUUUCUGUUGUUACUUGUUUAUUUCAGUUUUCUUAUGUAAUGAACUCAUAUACUAGUUGUGGACUAGUGGGUAGGUGAUCAUAUAUAUAGUAGUAGUUGGGUCACAAAGUUAAUUGUGAAGGCUAUAUAUUUAGUCUGGGAGUCUUUUGAUUAUUAUAAAAAUACUUAUUACAGAAA